UCUCUUCAGUCAGCCCACUCUAUGAACAGCUGCAACAACACUGAUGGGAACAGAUCAGAGGAGGGAGCAUAGUCACUCUGAUUGAUCAGCAGGCCUCAGUGGAAACCUGAUCUAUUACACGUAUGACAGGCCCAACGUGUGUGUGCUGAAGGCAGCAAGCAUUUUUCAUCAAGAAGACUUGGAAUUUACUUGCUGCUGUGAGAGGAAUUUAUCUAACUACUCCUGCAGAAUACUCUUUCCUGGCUUUUCAAACAAGAAUUGAAGGAGCAGACAUUUUAAAUCACCAAGAAGCCAAAGAACAUGGGGAUCUGCCCCACUAGAUGUCGAUCAAACCGGACUAUACUUGAAAAUCCACGUGAAUCUGAGUCUCCAGACCUCUCUGCAGACCUCCAGGAAAGCGUGACUGUGUCCCUCCAUGACUACCCUUCAUUUGGACACAGAGAGCUGACCAUGUGCAUCGGGGAAAGACUAACCGUCAUAUCAGACGAUGGUGAUUUCAUGAUGGUGAGAUCCACAACAACAGGCCACGAGAGCUACAUCCCCACCAAUUAUACAGCCAAAGUGACUAACAGGUGGCUGUUCUCGGGCAUCAGCAGGUACAAGGCGGUGGAGCUGCUCAUGCAUCCUGAUAACCAGAGCGGAGCCUUCUUGAUCCGGGAGUCAGAAACAAGCAGAGAUUGCUACUCGCUGUCUGUCCUGAGGAGAACCAGCUCUUCCUACCAGGACUGUGUGAAGCACUACCGCAUCUCCGUCCUCCCCAACGGCUGGUUCUACAUAUCUCCAAGACUCACAUUCUCCUGCCUGCACCAGCUGGUGGAUCACUACUCAGAAUGUGCAGAUGGACUGUGCUGUCGGCUCACGGUGCCUUGCUUCAUCCAGGGGUUAGACAACGCUAGAGAGGCCAGGCCUGUUCCAACGACUAUCAGGAGGCCCACCAUCAACUGGAAGGACAUUAGCAGGUCAGUGAUUUUAAGAAGGAAGAGAUCGGAGUCAGACAACUCUCUGGUGAGCGAGGGUCUGAGGGAGGCCAUCAGCUCCUACCUCCAAAUGACAGACAACAGCUGGGACACCUGAGGAAACACAGCGGGUCGGUCUGAGAAAACAAAGUCAGACAGAUGGACUGGAGUCAGAUACUGUCCUGUCUCAGCUGCGGCUCGGGCAAGCCAAUGCUAGAGGCCGUCAGCAGGCCCAAAUAUAACGCCUGUGGGCUGCUCUGGAGGAACAGGAGGGCUCAGACACUACACUGUUCAGAGAUAUGGGCAAACUGUGUCAGCUAGAGGACUGUUUUGUGUGUCCAAAGAGACAUACAGGUGAGGUGUGAGCUGAAAACUUAAAGUCAAUGAGACAUUUGCUCCCAUUUGAAUGUUUUCUUUUAUUAUAACCUAAUAUUCACAUGCGGUUUGAAUGUAAUAAUAUGUGGUGAUAUUGUUGUAAUAUGAUAUUGUCAUGAUUAUGUUAUUGGAAUCCAAUGGAAUAUAUUACCUAUGUGGUGAAUGUGCAAAAUAUACGAGUAUAAUCUCACAAAGAAAA